AUGGCAGAGCAGCAAGCAGAACCGGCCCACGCCCACCCAGCUAGCCCCACCUUCCUGCAUCCGGCCUGUAAUCGUUCUAAACCACUCCCAUCCAUGGACCUACCCGAGUGCUUCUUAAAUGAUACCACUAUUCACUUCAAUUGCCAUUUCGCCGCUGCUGGGAUCCCGUCUCUCCUCUUGGACCGACUCUCCGCCGUGCCCCUCCUGCGCACUCGCCUGGAUCUUUCGAGCCCCUGGGAGCGGGUGACUGACGGCGUACUCGAGUGGACGAUGGUCGGGAAGUCUCUUUUCCUCCUAUCCCUUCUCCAAGGGGUGCUGCCGAGCGAAUGGACCAUGAGGGCCCUCCCCCACCGCGCCAUCAGCAAGUCUUGCGUGGUGAUCCCCUGCUCUUUCGACUUCCCCUCGAACCCUUACCAGUCCGUCCACGGGGCCUGGUUCAAGUACUGGUAUUACUGGAAGUACACUGUGUGUUACACAAAAAACCCCGACUACAGGAUGUCCGAAUUUAAGGGGCGAGCUAAGAUUGUUGGAAACCUGAGCGAGAGGGACUGCUCGCUGAGGAUCGAUAACCUCAGACGCUCGGACAGUGACGUCUACUUCUUCUACGUGGAACUGGAAGGGUUCAACUCUUACACCUAUACAACACCCGUCCAACUCCAGGUUCUUGAGGUUCCUGACAAACCAGAGAUCCUGCUGCCGGACACUCUAACUGAAGGCACUCGGGUGAAUAUCGUCUGCAAGGCUCUCUAUACUUGCCCUGAGCACCGUCCCUCUCUAACCUGGAGUGAGCUGGCCAAUUCCACCGUCAACGAGCUCGGGGAGCAGUCGAGUAGGGAGAUCUCCAAUGUGCUGACCUUCACUCCGUCAUUUGAUCUCCACGGGCAAACCAUUCGCUGUACGGUGGAUUAUUUUGAGACGAGUCAUCGACUGGAAAGCUCCAUCGUCCUGAAUGUGAGAUAUCCCCCGAAGGAGACCAUGGUACGGAUGACUUUACGUGGGAUUAGCGCUAUAUCUCUGAGUUGUUCCAGCGAGGCCAACCCCAGCGCCGUUGAGUUCUCCUGGUUCAAGGUCUCUGGCACAGAGGAGGAGACUGACCUGGGUCUGGACAAUGAAACCAUUACAGUAGUCCUUGCCACCGGGAAGGACGCUGUCUCCUACUACUGCAGGGCAACAAAUAUCAUCGGGAGCUCUCGGUCCCCAUCCGUCCAAAUCCCAAAGCAAUAUGAAGCCAGCAUCCUGCACUCCUCGAACUGCACCAGAUAUCCCACCAACGUGACCUGCUUCUGCAUGAUACAGUCCAUCUCCGCAGUGGACACAACCUGGGGACUCCUGGGCCAGAUGCUGGAGACGAAGGGUGCACGCACUGGCUCCUUGAUGAUCAAGACGCUGAACGUCCACUGGGAAAACCUGAUGGAGGAUGACAAUGAACAGCAGACCUCCCUGGUGACCAGCACACUGACCAUCCAUGGGGAUAACCAGACGAUAGCGACUGUGAAGUGCUCGGUGGCAAACCCCUACGGGUUACCUCCCUCAGAAAUGGAAUUGAAGGUUCUGGUUGACAGCAACCAGGGAAAUGAUCUCAGAUCCUCACAGAAGAUCCCGAUCAUCCCUUUGGCUGCUGUGGGAGGUGUCGUGUUAUUCAUCAUCUUGAUCGCCGUUGGUGUCAUUGUCAAGCAGCGUCGGAGACCUUACAAAGCUUCCCUGGAAGCAAAGGGUGGGCUUGAAAUGGCGUUGGGGAAGGAGAACGAGAAGGACAAGAAAUGUGGACCGAAGUCUGUCCAGCAGACUGCCAAGCACCAGGAGUGGGUGUUUGAAGACCCGGAUACCAGGUCAAGCCAGCACCAGACUAAAUACACUGACAUUUACGAGAACACUGCUAUGGAUGGUAGUGAAUUGUAUGCAAAUCUAUAAUGACUAAAAAUUGCGUUUAGAAUCUGAAAAAAGAGGAGAAGAAUGACUCAAAGCAUUAGUCGAUCAACUUAUCAUUUCAUAUCCAUCCAUCAGCUCUCCGACGUGCUAGAAAAAGCAAUCAAAGUAGUCCAAUCUCUGCUUUUCGCUUGUACUCUCUAAUGUAGGCACCAUCCUGUUAAAACUCUUCUGCACCUUCUCCCCACCUGUAAGGGGGCGGCCACACUCCAUAUCCCCUGAAAUGGGGCGACCAGAACAGCACACAGAACUCUAAGUAUGGUUUGGCCGAAGUUUUAUACAGUUGCAACAAGACUCGCUAACGUUUAUAUUCAAUGCUCCGAAUGACAAAGGCAAGCACGCUGUCCGGUUUCUUUAUCACGCAAGCCACUUGCGUUGCAGCUUUCAGAGAGCUUCUGAUUUUCUGAUGGGAAUGUUGUUUGUGAUUUUUGUAAUGCCAUUUUUGUACUUCCUGUAAUGCACUCAGUGGCCACGUUAUUAGCUACACAUGUACACCUGCUCGUUAAUGCUAAUAUCUAACCAGUCAAUGAUGUGGUAGCAACUCAAUGCAUAAAAGCAUGCAGCCAAGGUCAAGAGGUUCACUUGUUCAGACCAAACUUCAGAAUUGGAAACAAGAUGUGAUCUACUAUGCCUAGACUGUGCUAUGAUUGUUGGUGUCAGGCGGGAUGGUUUGAUUAUCUCAGAGUCUGCUGAUCUUCAGGGAUUUUCACACAUAAUGGUGCUUGAAAUUUACACAGAAUGGCGUGGAAAGAAAACAUCCAGUCCGUGGAAGUUCUGUGGGCGAAAAAGCCUCGUUAAUGAGGGAGAUCAGAGAAGAAUGGCCAGACCGGCUCAAGGUAGCAGGAAGGCGACAUCAACUCAAGCGAACGCACGUUACAGAAUGGUGUGUGGAAGACCAUCUCUUAACGCACAAUACUUCGAAACUUGGAUUGCACGGGCUAUAUCAACAGAAGACAACGAACACGCGGAAUUACAUUCCAUAGCACUUUAUAAGAUGCUAUUGAGCGUACAUGGACUAAAGUAUGCAUAAGAAGCAGGUUCCAUUUCUUGUUAAUUUUCAAUAUGAUCAGUGUCGACUCUGGUUGGUAGAUUUCAAACGGAGUGGUCUGAGGAGCAAGGAAGGAGCUGCUGAGAUGUAACGACCCGUUCGUUGUGGGACAAGCGGACACAGAUAGGGUUCGAAAUGCCCACGUCGCCAAAUAAGGAAAGAGAUUAAAGGUGAUUUUUCCUUAGUAUAUAUGCUAAAAUAAAAUAAGACAAAAUGGUGUAAGCUUGGAGUAGGUUUGUUUUGAGUAGGUGCAAGAGAACUACCGUAGAGCAGCACGGUAUUGCAGUGGUUAUCACACGCUUUACACAGCUUCAAUUCCCGCCGCUGCCUGUACGUUUUCCCCGUGAUCACCUGGGUUUCCUCCGAGUGCUCCAGUUUCCUCCCACAGUCCAAAGAUGAACCCGUUGGUAGGUUGAUUGGUCAGUAUACACUGUCCCAUGAUUAGGCUCGGAUUAAAUCGGGGGAUCACUGUGCUCGAAGGGCCGGAGUAAGUAAGUAAAUAACUUAAAACAUUAAAAAAAACACUCCACAAGGAUGUUUUGAGAACCUCCAAGCCUACAGAAGUAAUAGCAGAGAGUGGUGAAAAACAGGUUUGUCUGAGGAAGAUGAGAUCAUUGUGCAGGCGCAGGUACCAAAUACGGGAAAGUGCUGGGGUGAUAAUUAUAUUAGGCUUUGAAGGAAUCUUAAAGGGUCCAAAAAAGGGGCACUUCCUUCGUGCAGGGAGAGAGCAUUGUAUUAGACUAGAUUAGGACAGGGACAAGUACGCCGAGGGGGAUAGAGUAUGUUGAGUCAGAGUUAGAGAGGGAGAGAAGGCUGUGUGAGGCUUGUCGGCAUUCAGCUCGUUCAGUGGAUAAUGAAUAGUAUUUUGAUCUCUGUACUGCUACUACUAUAGACAUUUGGUUUCCUUUUUGUAUUGAAUUAUACUAGUUCUAAUAAACCGUUUCCGUGUUCUUUA